UCUCUCUCUCUCUCUCGCUCUGUUUUGCUGCAACACAUAACUCUAGCUUCAACACCCUCUUGUAUUCAAACGUAUGGAAGGUCUUGUCUCAGCAUUAUGCUUUCAUUUGCUCGCUUUUGUCUUCACAAAAGAACCAUCACAGUUUGGUUGGAUGGAACCCCCGGAGCAUAUUUUUUUUCUCCAGGAUUUGAAAAUGGGAUCGACAACUGGAUUAUCUAUCUACCGGGAGGAGCAUGGUGUAAUUCAAAGGAAGAAUGCCUCAAAAGGAGCAAGUAUUAUCCGAACACAGGAACCAGUAAAAAUGCUCUUCCUAAAGACUUCUUUACCAUCAUGAGUCACAACAAAAGCUCAAAUCCAGAUUUUUAUAACUGGAAUAUGGUUUUGAUCUAGUAUUGUGACGGUGCAUCUUUUAUGGCAGAUGUCGAAGCCGUCGAUCCGG